UAAUUUUGCGUAAGGUUGCAGAGUCUUUUGCUGCCGGCGAUUUCCGGCAACGCAAAAGAUUCUUCAAAUUUCGCCAUUGUACUUGACUUGAUCUUGUUCGCUUAAGAAUCAAGAUAGAUAGAGAUAUUGAAAGAGAUCCUAUGGCGGGAGCUAACCAGAAUGAGAAGCCUCUGAGGAAGAUAGCUGAGGCAUUCAAGGAUCUAGACAACAAGAUUGAUUCCCAAACCCUAAGUCAAGAACUCGAGGUCGCUUCUUUCUCUUCUGCGUGUUCUCUCGUUUCACCUCUGUUUGGCUGCUUAGGCAUCGCUUUCAAGUUCGCUGAGAUGGACUACGUUGCCAAGGUGGUUGAUCUAGCGGAAGCAUCAAAGUCUAUUGCGACACUGCAGAGCAUGAUCGAUCGUGAUGUAGAAGCAAAUUGCGUGAAAAAGGGUGGAAGCCAUUCGAGGAACCUUCUCAGGGUGAAGCGUGGUCUGGACAUGGUUAGAUUGUUGUUUGAGCAGAUUUUAACUUCAGAGGGUAACUCGCUAAAGGGUCCAGCAUCAACAGCAUAUGCAAAGGUAUUUGCUCCAUAUCACGGAUGGGCAAUCAGAAAAGCUGUUGCUGCAGGGAUGUAUGCACUUCCAACAAAGGCUCAGCUAUUGAGAAAGCUUAAUGAAGAUGAAACUUCAGCAAGGAUUCAUAUGCAGGAAUAUGUCACUUCAUCUGCACCACUGAUUUUAUAUAUAGAUAACCUCUUCAUUUCCAGAGAUUUGGGACUAGACUGGUGAUCCAACUCAACCCUUUUUCUUCUUCUUCUCAACAUCACGUCGUCUUAACAUCAUCAUCGGGGGCAUGUACCUCCUUUUCGUGUUGAAUUUGUAUAAAUAUAUCUACAUUUUCACAAAUUUUCACUUUUGUUAAACAGUAGGUGGGCACAUUUUUCUUAACCAGAAAAGAAAAUAGCAGGAAAAACAUUCCACCA